CAGAAGAGGACGUGACGCAGGAACCCGAACCUCCUCCACUUGUGGACGAAUGUCCGGACUUUAUUCGGAAAGUAAAGUUCGAGUCCUGGAAGUUGCUGGUUCCUUACUGGCACAUGAGCGAUUUCUACCGGGAACGAAUCUUCGGGGCCAUCAAGCCGGACGAGGAUCCUGAACCGAUACUGUCCGACUCGUCUCCUGCUGGAGAAGCGUUGGAAAAUGGCAAUAAUCCUGGACGAAGCCGGGCAGCAAGAACAUUGCAGUCACCCACAGCCCCCUCUUCCGUGGCAGUGGACCCGGGCAAGGUCCCCGAGAGUAUCGAGGAGAAGGUGGCCUACGCGCUGCACCUGCAGCAAAUUGCGGAGUCGAGCCAUUUCGGGCUGUCGCUUUUCAUGCUCGCGAAAAUCAUGUCUCAGGGCGAAAACUACAUCUGGCAAUUAUUACAGUGAAAAAUGCCCCCACCCCAGAAAUAAUUGGCAGCAUUUGUAUUGCAAACCUUUCCAAUGGAAACAUUCCCCUUCUUGUAUAUAUCAGCAUCACAAAUUUCAAUUUGCCAUGCUGAAUAGCGCAAAUUUGUGUUGCAAAGGAGCCCAACAGCAGCCGUUUCUGUCAUGCAAAAGACGCCUUGCGCACCUAGAUUCUGCAUCAGAAAGCCUCGCAGUCCUUUCAUGCAAGACAAAAAGCAAUCAUCUGGAAACUUUGCAUGAGAAACUGUUGCAGCAUUCUGGGGUGGGGGCGUUUUUCAUUGUAGUAGCAAUUGUGGGGCACGGUGGCGCGGGCCAGUCUGGCGGUGACGAUGUACGGGACGGCUCCUCCUACUACUUAUCGAAAGAAAUAAAAACUGUUUCGCUGCAUCAAACUUUUAUUGCAUAGAAUGGAACACGACAGAAGCAUUUGUCUUGCGCCGCGUGUAAGACAUGGGGGAUCUAGCCGCGUUUCCCUUUCCCCUUGGGAGGCACGCAUGGCAAAGUUUUCAUCUUUGUCAUUGUCAUGUGUAAAACGAACUUGUGAUGCAGAACUUGCAAAAUGAAAAUCCAUGACGGUGAAACACUUUUUUCUCACGAUACAACCUCCGAUACAGCUACCAUUCCGGUUGACGAGAUGGAAGAACAGGGGAGUACUUCAAAUGUGGCCGCGAGCGCACCGUCGACAGAAAAUAAUCCGACCGCGUCGUUUACCCGCAACUGCGCCGUGAAAUUCCUGCUGCUGAUAAAUUUGCUGAUCGAGAAAAACUUUCGGGACCCGCGGGCUGAUUUGCAGACCAUGACCUACAUCAAUUGGUUUGACAUUUUCGUGGAAGAGUCGGGCACCGUGGUCAUGUCGAGUUAUAAGCACCCCG